UCCCCGUCAGGUCACAUCUGUUACACACCCCCCUGUAGCUGGUGCCAUCACAAUCGGGCCCAACUAUAUAACCAGGGGCUGCCAGGGCCUCUGUGAAGCUGGGUCUGCCAGAAGAGGAGGCGGAGGCGGCCCCUGCCCCUCUAAGCAAGGCCGCCCCCACCCUCCAUGGACAACAAGACACAGAGACUUCCCAACACCCACACCCAGCCCCAUAGCAACUCUCGGCCCCAAAGCCACGCCUGCAACCAGUGCAGCCGCAGCCACCACUGCCAGAGCCGCAGCCACAGCCGGAGCUGCCGCAGCCGCAGUCAGAGCUCCAGCCAGCGCCGGAGGAGCCACCGCAGCCCCGCUGGCCACCAGGGCCAGAGCCCAGGCCCCAGCCCUCCUCUGAGGCGCCACAGAUACACCAUGCACUCCCACCAGUGUCCCUUGCGGCCCGUCACCCACUCCUGCAGCCACUUCAAGAACAGGAAGAACUUGGAGGGAAAGGUGAUCAAGAGGAAGCAGGUCAAGAGGAGCAAGCAGGUGUACAAAAGAAAGAAGCAGAGCUCAGGUACCUUUCAGGCCGGUGGCCUUUCACAGGACUCCCCCAGAGAAGGGGUCGCAGCCCAGCGGGGCUGUAGAGGUGGUGAGGUGAAGGCUGCCUCCGCCAAGUCAGAGCACAGAGGACCCAACAGGACGAAAGUACAACUGAGAUGACACCCCAUGGCUUGUUCCUGUGUUGGUUUCACCCAGAUAAAAGACAUCACAAGUGGAACGCUAGAAGGAAGAAGUAAACUUUGCAGGAACAUGUUACUACAGUGAGUUCUAUGCAACAUUGAUUAAAGCUUGUACACUGGAUGACUUA